UAGAACUCAAAUAUCCAUAAUCUACUUUUCUGAUUCUUCUAUAUAUACUAAAUGCUUAAUCAAAAUUUCACUCUAUAGAAACACUUGAACCUUCGUCUUCAAAUUAAUCAGACGAUUAUUCUAAGUGCAAAUAUGAAUGGAGGGGGUGGUGGGGCAGAUCUCCAUGCUUGUUCUAUUUGCGAGCACCGAAGGAAAAGGUGUGACAAUAGAUGCGAAUUGCCACACUACUAUGAUAUGGGCAACAGAGUAAGAAUCAUGGAUUCGGACGAGCCUCAUCAAAGACAAGCAGAUGCAGAGUCGAUACUGAUUGAGGGUAAUGCCAGAUUGAAUCAUUCCGUGCUUGGUCGUAUAGGCGUUAUUCGAAGCCGCCGGUCUCUCGUAGGAUUUUAUGAAUCCGAGCUUCAGGCUGUGAACCAACAGCUGGCUUUUUUCAAGAGAAAGCAACAGCAAAAACAGCAGUUGGAUAACUCCAUAGCAAGCUCGUCUUCAACAGUUUCGCCGCCAUCGGAGUCUGUGAAUGAUCAAGGAGGCGGGCUGAAUUUGGAAGACGAUGCAAACCUCAAGUUCUUUGAUACUCAUCCAUCUGAUCAAAUCAUGGAUCUGAAACAAAACGGGAAUGAAAUCACAAGUGCUUCAUCUGACACCAAAGGAAAGCAGCCUGGCGAGCCUGAUGAAGAAACAAAGAACGAUGGAACCUGCUGAUCUCUCUUGGAAGAGAUUAAAGAUUUAAGGAUAUAUCAAUAGGAAAGAUAUCAUGGUGAUAUUUUUAUGGUUAUGUUUAUUCAAGAAAACAAGAAUAUAUAAUCUUCUUAGCCCCACCUGAUCAACAAACUAGGGCAUUCAGGUGAAUCUUUGUGCUUUACUUAAAUCUGUGUCGAGUAGCAAUUAUAUUUGUUGCAGUAUUUCCUUUCCCUUAUUUGUUUUUGUCCUCGUUGGUGUCCUUAACACUACUAAAGCAGUUAUUCUGAAACCCAGAU